AUGAACUCACCAUUUGAUGACAUCCCGCCCUUCCCCGAGGGCCUCCCUCUUGCGCCAAUCGCCAUCAUUUCACAUGCAAAGCUACUCGACGGCGACAAUGACGAAGCCGUCCGUUUGCUUACAGCGGCCAAGACGCACGGCUUCUUGUACCUGAAUCUGCAGGACACACCGCAAGGCAAAGCCUUCCUCGCUGAAGCAGAUCAGCUCCACGCCGUUGCCAAGGAAGCAUUCGCCCUGCCCCUGCAUGAGAAGCUCCCUCACGCCCUCGAGCGCGGCGUCUCCCUCUUCGGGUACAAAGCGGCUGGCACAGUCAAGACAACCGACCGCGACCAGCGGCGCGACACAACCGAAUUCUUCUGCGUUAGCAAAGACUACGUACACAACAUAGCCCGAGAGAACAUCCGGGGCACUCCCAUAACCUACCCGCCCGAAAUCACCACUCACACCCCGCUCUUCCAAUCCUUCACCCGCCGCGGCCACGACUGCGGCCUGCUCGUCCUGCGCACGCUCGCCUCGCAGUUGGGCCUCCCGGCCGACUCGUUUGACCACCUCAACCGCUUCGACCAGCCCUCAGGCGACCACUGUCGUUUGACACACAAACCGCCGUCACCGCCCAACCCGGACGGCAGCGUCUCCUCCUCGACGCUCGGCCUGCCGAGCCACACCGACUUCGGCAGCGUCACAGUCCUCUUCAACUGGCUUGGCGGGCUGCAGGUUGAGUCCCAUAUCGAUACCGCCAACACCGCAACCACGGACGGCAGGGAAGGAGGAGGAGGAGGAGAACGAGAAGUGGUGCAGCGGGAAUGGCAAUGGGUGAAACCCUUGCCAGGACAUGCGAUCGUCAAUCUAGGGGACGCAAUGGUGACCUUUACCAACGGCGCGCUCAAGUCGGCCAAGCACCGGGUGGUGCCCUCGCCGGGCGAGCAGGCCGGCGCGGACCGGUACAGCGUGGUGUACUUUGUGCGGCCCCACAAUGACGUGCCGAUGAGGGCGCUCGCCCAGUUCGAUGACCGCACCAAGGCCGGAGCCCUCCAGGUGGCUGGGAAGUUCUCCGCCGAUCUCGCUAGGAAGGGCGAAGUGGUGCUGACUGCAGGCGAAUGGAUGAGGCAGAGGGGUAUCCAGCUGGGCAACUGA